AUGGGGUUCCAUGCUUCGUCAUCAAUAUUUCACAGAGUUGUUCUUGACCAGGUCACGGGCUCGUCCACGUCUCUUAUUCGCCCUCAAUCGAGACAAGGAUUGGAGCUUCUUCUCAACGCCUCAGCUUCAGAAUCCAUAUGGGAAUUCGGUAUCUCUAGAGGCGACUUUUCAUAUGAAACUCUCUCAACUCAUAGAGGCAUCGGUACAACGUUUUCUUGUCUCACCUCUGGAUUGAUGUAUUUCUCUCCUGUGCGGAUCUCACCAGAAGAGAGUGAUGAUGCAGUGCCUGUCAUAUUUAACCCUACAUCGGCACAGUAUGUGAGCUUACCUAAACCGAUAGGGUUUGAUAGCUUUGUAGGGUUUAGUAGCGUUGUAGGGUUUGAUCCAAUUGACAAGCAACACAAGGUAUUGCUCACUCAAUGUGGUGGUGAUCUUAGUGUUCUGACAUUAGGAACCGGAGAAACCAUGUGGCGGAAGAUCCAAUGUCCCUUAACCCAUUAUCCUUUGGCUAACGAUAAAGGGAUAUGCAUCAAUGGGGUUUUGUAUUACUUAGCUUACACUUAUGAUGAAAAUGAUCAACAUUAUGAUGUGAUAGUUUGCUUUGACGUUAGGUCUGAGAAGUUCAGUUUUAUUGACCGGGAAUCAUAUGAUUUUUUAUUUGUAAAUCCAUAUGGUUAUAGGGGUACUAAAUGGAUAAACUAUAAGGGUAAAUUAGGUUUGAUUGAGUGUGUGAUUAAUUUUGAUGUGCUGAGUUGCGUCUGGGUUCUAGCGGAUGUCGAAAAACCGGAAUGGUCGAAAUAUGUCUACACUUUGCCGCCGGAUGACAUUAAAAAUGUUGAUCGCCACAAUAUUUCUGUCGUUGGAAUGACUGCUACGGGUGAAAUAGUUUUGUCGAAUAGAUGUGUAUCAUCUAAGCGACUUAAUGUUUUCUACUUCAAUCCAGAAAGAAGCACUUUCCAAAGUGUUGAAAUCCAAGGUAUUAAUGGAGAAUACUAUCAUGGGAAUAGAGUUUAUGCCUUUGUGGACGUCGUAGAAGAUCUUCAUGUUAACGAUGCAAAGUACCUCAAGUCAAGCCAAGGCCUAGCAUCAUUAAGGGAAAUGCCCAAACCGAUCUUUAGGAAAAGGCCAAAACUGCCAAAGCCACAAAAUCUCGGGAAUUCUGCUCCAUUGUUGAAGAACAAGUACGACUUGUUAGCUGAUCUACAAUAG